AUGCAACUUGAUGAAAUUGAAACCAGUGUGAUUGGCGCAUACCACGAGUUUGAUUCCAAUAGCGAAGACUCGGAGUUGCUUCUUGGUUUUUUUGUCCAAAAACGGUAUUCUGAAGUCAUAGAAUUUUGUUCACAAUCCACCUUGGAAUGGACCAGUUUGAUGCGUGUGAUCCAUUUACAGUCUCUUAUGCAUAGUCAGAUGUACGAUGAUUGUAUGCGUGAAUUGGCUGUUUUAAUUGUGGCCGAAUACAACUCUUACUUGAGGUACCAUUUGAGUCUACUUUUGGUAGCUAUUCUUGCACGGUUGGGAAACAAAGAUUACGCUGCAAUUUGCCUAAAGGAUAUAACUUUCGAUAUUGAUGCUGAGCUCCAAGUGAGAGAGGGCAGCGAUCCUCACUGUGUCAAGCUUAAAUCUCUACGAGAAAUUUGCGAUGGCAUAGAUUUAAAGGCGACCAAACUGGUGAUUAUCGACAGUCCACCAUAUAAGUGCCGACUUUCUGUCAAACAAAAGUCUGUGUUGGAUGCUUGCAGUGUUUUCCUACGCCGUGGGAUUCACAAAGCAAAGCGUUUAGAGGUAGAGCACUCGCUCAAUGUCAUUUUUUCAGCGGUGACUUCGUUGGAACUGAGUGAAACUUUUGACUCGAUACUUAAGCAGGUGGAUUCGAUUGUCCAGGCUAUUAAUCGAGAGUUUCGAGCCGCUUUUCAUCAGGACGUUGACUCUUUUAAAGUCCAGGAAUGGAGCGAGUGUGACAUGGAUGAUCAUACUCGGUUUGACCAAGCAUCUAUCAUUGUCAAGAGCUGUCUAACAAUGUCAUUUUUCCAUAGAUUGGAUCAAAGGUUCGAGGAGUCUAUUGCAAUUCUGAGAAAGGCUAUUGGCGUCUUGGACCGGCUCAAAGCAUUUCACUUGGAAAACGAUACCAUCAAUAUUGCUAGCAGAAAUACUGCCUUGUUACUCAUUAUCCAUUGCCAUACAAUUGGAAAAGUUCCUCUCAGCAGUGAAGAUGCACUCGAACUUCUUUUUGAUUUCGCCGAACGCAACAUCAAUCCGUUGACAGAAUUUGUUCAUGGAAGACUUUCGGAGUACUGUUUAGGGUGUGCUCUAUUGUAUGAACAAUUGGGAAACGAGCAAGAUUUACCUGUUGAAAACCGUCGAAGACUGGUGUUGGACAUGAUCCGAAAGCUAGUUCUCGCUGUGACCACAAGUACGUCGGCUCCGUUGGAGAUUUAUGAGUGGAUACUUUGGGGUAUUCUUAUUCAUGGUGAAUUUCAUAUGCGAGUUUUUUGGUUUUUCUAUGUGGUGAGAAGCAUCGAAGCAUCCAAACGGGUGAACAAAUGUCAAAAGCAGUACGAGAGAUUAAGUCUUUAUACCAAUGGAUGGGAAUUGGCUCAGCAAAUUUACCUGGAGUACCAAGGACAUCAUGAGAAAGAAUGGAUCAUUGAUCCGAAAUUCACUCUUCCUUCGUAUAAGGUUCAAGGUGAUACAAUAGUGGAAUGCAACACCAAGUAUUCCGAGGUUUUUGAUCCUGUUGCUGUCAGUGUUGAAUUGAUAGAUACAUGGAAGGGCACUUAUAGCAAUUACCGGGGAGCAAUUCCUGCGGAGUUGCAUAUUGCUUAA